CCCUCCUUCCUUGAACCUUGAUAUCCCAUCCCGAGAAGAAAGCAGAGAAGAUGGAAGCGAAGAGAGUCAUUCUCGUUGCACUGUCAUUGGUUUUAGUCCUAGGAGUCGCUGAGAGCGUCGAGUUCCAUGAGAAGGACUUGGCUUCUGAGGAGAGCCUGUGGAAUCUCUACGAGCGAUGGAGGAGCCACCACACCGUGUCCCGGGACCUAAGCGAAAAGCAGAGACGUUUCAACGUGUUCAAGCAGAAUGUGAUGCAUGUCCACAGCGUGAACAAACAGGACAGGCCCUACAAGCUGAAGCUGAACAAGUUUGCUGACAUGACCAAUCAUGAGUUCCGGAGUUGGUAUGCAGGUUCUAAGGUUGAUCACCACCGGAUGUUCCAUGGAUCCCGCCAAGGAUCGGGCAGGUUCAUCUAUGAGAAUGUCACCGCUCUACCAACCUCCGUUGAUUGGAGGGCCAAAGGGGCAGUCACCGGCGUCAAGGACCAAGGCCGAUGCGGAAGUUGCUGGGCAUUUUCAACGGUCGUAGCCGUGGAGGGAAUCAAUUACCUAAAGACGAACAAGCUUGUCUCACUUUCCGAGCAGCAGCUGAUCGACUGUGACACCGCUCAGAAUGAGGGAUGCAAUGGAGGGCUUAUGGAAUAUGCGUUCGAGUACAUCAAGCAGAACGGAGGAAUAACUUCUGAGGCAAAUUACCCUUACCAAGCUUCCGAUGGAAAGUGUGACAAGAACUCUCCAGUUGUAUCGAUUGAUGGACAUGAAAAUGUGCCAGUCAAUGACGAGGAUGCACUACUAAAGGCAGUCGCGAACCAACCGGUAUCCGUAGCCAUAGAUGCGGGUGGAAUGGACUUCCAGUUCUACUCCGAAGGUGUGUUUACGGGAAGGUGCAGCACGUCACUGGACCACGGAGUGGCAGUUGUAGGAUACGGGACGACGCUUGAUGGAACGAAGUAUUGGAUAGUGAAGAACUCAUGGGGGGCGGAAUGGGGAGAGAAGGGCUACAUAAGGAUGGAGCGAGGAAUCUCUGCCAAGGAAGGACUAUGCGGGAUCGCUAUGGAGGCCUCGUAUCCCGUCAAGAACUCCUCGACUAACCCCGAGGGAGCUCCCCCUUCUAUCAAGGAUGAGCUCUGAAUUUGAAUAGUGGCCUCAGCCCCCCUUGAAACUGAUUCCAAUUAAUAACUUCUGUUGCAAUGUGCCUGUAUGGCAUGUCUAGAGUCGAAGAGAACAAAUAAUAUAUCGGUCUCGUAGGUACCAUAUGUAUUGAUAUGCAUUUGCUAAGAUAUUGUCUUCAUGAUGCCAAAUGACUCCGCAUGUGUUCAGUUCAA